AUGACUUGUAGCAUUUCAACAGAAGGAAAUCAGGAUGCACCCAAUGAUCAGUUAAAUCAAAACUCCGAUGGUGCAGGAUUUUAUUCACUACCUCGUUUUAUUCGAAAUUCAUUAUCCGAUUUCUUAAAUUCCACGAAUCCAGUCAUGCAUGGAUAUAGAUUUUUAUCAGAGUUAGGAGACGGCGCUAUGUCAAGAGUCUUUCAAGUUGUUUAUGAAGGAAAUGAUGAAGUGUUUGCAGCCAAAGUUUACGACAAUUCGCAGAUUAGUCGUCCAACACUAUCUGGAGAAGACCCACCAUAUGUUUGUAUACAGAGAGAACUUGAUAUCAUGGCAAAACUCUCUCAUCGCUAUGUUAUCUCAUUAAUUGAUGCAUUCAAUGAUAAUGAUACAAAUUGUUUGUUCAUUAUAAUGCCAUAUGCACCAAUGGGUAAUGUUAAAUCCCUUACAAACAAAAAAUUAUUAUCUGAAAACGCUUUAAAUGCAUGCUAUCAUCAAAUUGCCAUAGCUUUGGCAUAUAUGCAUGCAAAUAAUGUUGUCCAUCGUGAUAUCAAGCCAGAAAAUAUGUUAGCUUUUUCUGAAGAUUAUUUUGUAAUCACAGACUUAUCAGUUUCUCAAGAACUUACAUCAGACGAUCAGAUGCUAGUUGAUACAAAAGGUUCCCCUGCAUUCUUAAGCCCAGAAGAGUGCCAUGGAGGAAAAUUCAGUCCAAAACCAACAGAUGUUUGGGCAUAUGGAGUUUCACUUUACUUAUCGUAUUUUAAUGACUUCCCUUUCUCCAUUGGUGAAUGCGAAGGCUUGGAAUUUGCAAAUACGUUGAUGGCCGUAUAUUUACGGUUAAGAACAAAGGAACUUGAGAUCCCAGCAAAUGCAGAUCCAUUAUUGAAAGAUUUACUUCAACAUAUCCUUGUAAAAGAUCCAAAACAAAGAUAUACUUUUGAUCAAAUAGUUGCUCAUGAAUUCUUUGAUAGAUCUCGUCACAUUGAUGAGGAAAACGCCAAAGAUCUUGAUUAUGAAGAAGAAGAAAUGAAUUAA